AUGAAAAAAACGGGCAAUAUAGUGCAUAAUCUUUUAAACUGUGCAAUCGGAAAAGAAACCAAAGCAGAGCUGAAGAAAUUUUCGCUUCAACUGCUGCAUCGCGAAAUACAGUUUACAGCUAACGGAUACUUCACGCUCGAUAAUACUUUUCUUCAUUCGCUAAUUGGCACAGUGGUGACAUAUUUGGUAAUAUUUGUGCAAUUUCAAAUGGUAAGCUCGCCUUCAUCGAUCAGACAACAAUGUAACAAUACAGGGUGA